GGUAGCAGAGGGCCGGCUUGGUCCCUCGACUGUGGUGCUGGACCACACGAGCGGUUUUGAGGGGCUCCUGCUGGUCGAUGAUGACUUACUUGGGGUGAUUGGCCACAGUAACUUUGGGUCCAUCAGGGCCACGACGUGCGUAUUUAAAGGGAAAUGGAUUUUUGAGGUGCUCAUCUCCUCCCAGGGACUCAUGCAGAUUGGCUGGUGUACCCUCAACUGCAGAUUUAACCAGGAGGAAGGAGUUGGAGAUACGCCAGAUUCGUACGCGUAUGAUGGAAACAGGGUGCGCAAGUGGAACGUGACUACCACCAACUAUGGCAAAUCCUGGGCAGCAGGAGACAUCGUCAGCUGUCUGAUAGACCUUGAUGAGGGCACCAUUGCUUUCUGCUUGAAUGGCAUGUCUCUGGGAACUGCUUUUGAUAACAUCACACGGGGUGCUGGAAUGGCUUACUUCCCCGCCAUCAGCCUCUCCUUCAAAGAGUCCGUUGCCUUUAACUUCGGAAGCCGUCCACUCCGUUAUCCAGUGGAAGGUUAUCGCCCCUUGCAAGAUCCUCCCGUUGCAGACCUGGUGAAGGCUCGCAAGCUAUUGGGCUAUUUGAAGAACGUGAUCCAUAUCGGAAUAGAUGUGACGGAGGGGAAGCUGGUGGAGAAGGACACGUCCAUGUGGCAGCUGCAGGGAGAACCCACAGUGCUGAUUACACUAGCCCACAUCUUCAAUUAUUUCUCUCCUCUCAUGUGCAAGGUUUACCUGGUGGAAGACGUGCUCAUGACCUUCCUGUUGAGCAUCCUUGAGCGAGGAGGGGCAGUGGAGGCCCAUCCGCUUAUUCAGCAGCUGCUGGAUCUCAUGUGGCUUCUUAUGGAGGAGUAUGAAGUGCACGAGUGCCUCAAGCAGCUCCUGAUGUCCCUGUUGCGGGCUUACAGGUUCUCCCCCAUCAUCCCAGACCUGGGAUUACAAAUCCACUACCUCCGGCUCACCAUUGCAGUCUUGAAGCAUGAGAAAUCCAGGAAAUACCUACUCAGCAAUGUUCUCUUUGAUGUGCUCCGUUCGGUUGUGUUCUUCUACAUCAAGAGCCCGCUGCGGGUGGAGGAGGCUGGCUUGCAGGAGCUCAUUCCCACUACGUGGUGGCCAAACCGCUUCACCAAGGAGGGCAAGGAGAGUAAGGAGGUGAAGGAGGAGAGCGCUGAGGAGAGACUGAGGCGGCGGGCGUAUGAGAGAGGCUGCCAGCGGCUCAAGAAGCGCAUUGAAGUGGUGGAAGGUCUCCAGGUUCAGAUUCUGAAGCUGCUGCUGAACAAUAAGGACAGAGGAGGGGGGGAAGCCUCCAGAUACAUUUUCCUAAACAAAUUCCGCAAGUUUCUUCAGGAGAACGCCAGCAACAGAGGGAACUUGACUGUGUUGUGCCCGCCAGAGUACAUGGUGUGCUUCCUGCACCGCCUCAUCACUGCCCUGCGCUUCUUCUGGGACGGCCACAAGGCGAAGAGCCCUGCUGCGCUCAGCAGUGAAG